UAACCGUACUGCGUCAAAUUACUGCUUAUUGAAUUUAUGGACGUUUUUUUAGAAAAUUAAUCUCAAGAAAAUGCCUAAUUGCAGCGAGAAUUACGAGUCGGAAAUAAGAGAUGGCAAAAAUAAAGGGUCUGUAAAAUGUAGAUUCUGUCAAUCGGUUAUUUUAACGCCUUCAACGGCCUCCUUUACAAGUUUGGAGUGUAGUUUACCUUUAAUAAAACAGAAAAAAGAAAAUGAAACAAAUCCAGAGACUGAAAGUGUUUCUUUAUUUUGGGAAGUGAAGGAUAUGUUCACAUUCCACAAUGUGGGUUUUUCUAAUACUGUAGGAAAUAAUAAAUACCUUACCUGUGCAGACUGUGAAGCAGGGCCCAUUGGAUACCACGACAUUCCAAGCAAAAUAAGUUAUGUAGCAUUAAGUAGAGUUACUCAUGUUUGAUGUAUUUGUACAUUUGAUAGAUGACUUGUAAUAAUCUGUAAACACAAUAAAGACAUAGGGAUACUCAAUCAUACUGCUGAUAAG